AUGUCACAAGGUACUGGUAUCGUUCGAGCAGGAGGCGGCGUGCGUCUCGGAAACCUCGGACUGGGUGUAUACAAGCAAGGUCAGGCCGCACUGCCUCACGGUACAUACCCGGGCGUUGGCAUCGGAGGGCACUAUACGCAUGGAGGCUUCGGAUACUCUUCUCGUCGCUGGGGGCUUGCACUCGACACGAUCGAGGCAAUGGACGUCGUGCUGGCCGACGGAACUCAACUUCACAUCACACGCACUACCCAUCCCGAGCUCUACUACGCUCUGCGUGGAGCUGCAGAUAGCAUAAGUAUCGUAACUACCUUCUAUCUGCAGACCCAGCCUGCCCCAGCACGAAUCGUCAGCUACUCCGUGAACUUCACUUCCGCGCUGAAGUCUUCAUCUUCCGUCGCCGACGUCCUUCUCCAGUUGCAGAAGUUUGCCCAAUCUUCUCCUCUCAUGGACCGUAACAUCACACUUGAGAUCUACAUGAACAUAUUUGGCACCUUCGAAGUUCGAGGCUGGUACUUUGGCGACCGCGCACACUUCUCCAGCGCCGUACUUCCCGCCAUGCUUGAAGGUUUGCCCAAGGCCGACAACACAACGAUCGCGACCAGAAGCUGGCUCGAUGCACUGCAGGAUAUCGCAGAAGGCGAACCUCUUGUUGAGCCUUUGACUGGCUACAACAACCACCAGACCUUCUACACCAAGUCCAUUGUUACAAGGGAGGCAAAGCCACUUACACGGCGCGCACUGGAGAGCUUUGCUGGGUAUGUCAUUAGUAAGGGAUUGAGCGCAGAGUCCCCAUGGGAGACUUAUAUCUCGCUAUACGGCGGGAGGGAUAGUCAGAUCAAUGUUCCAUCGCCUGACAGUGCGGCAUAUUCGCAUCGCGAUUCGCUUUGGGUUUUCCAGAACAUCGGUUCCUCGGCCAAUAUGCUUCCACCUUUCGAGUCUAGCAUCAAAGCGUUCGUGCAAGGACUCAAUACUGCUUUGACAGACGCACAGCCCGAUGGCGACUUUUUGGCAUACCCGAAUUAUCUGGAUCCAGAGCUGACACCAGCGGAGGCGCAUCAAUUGUACUAUGGUGAUGCGACUUAUGGAAAGCUCAGUGUGAUUAAGGACUCAGUAGAUCCAAACAAGGUGUUUUGGAAUCCACAGGCGAUUGGGAACUAA